ACAGAGGUGGAAAGUUUUAAGUAUUAAAGAUCAGUUGUGCACCAUACGCCAUACAUGGUAGUAAAUUUUUUGGUGAGGCUAAAUUAAAAAUAUUUCGUAUGUUUUUUAAGGGAGCUGAGUUUAUUGUUGCUGCUAUUAUACCAAAGUUAAAAAUUGAAAACGCACUGUCUUCUUUAUUGGUACUAUGACUUUACAAGACAAUAGAGCGGGAAGUUCUAGUCAGAGAAUAAUACAACAAAUACUUUCGCUGCACAAAAAACAGACCUUUCUGAUUAAACUGAAUAAUUAUCUUUGAUAAUCGAAAAACAUAAUCAUUCAUUUUAAGAAAUGAAAUGUUCAAAAAAAUUACCUAAAGCUUCAGUUGUUCUUACUAAAUAUUUAGAGCAAAACAACGAGCCACAGUGGACCUCAUUUUUUGUAAAAUAUAGUGCUGUCAUAAAUGAUCAACGAGGCAAAUCGCAUUUUAAUUGGAAGGUAGGAAAUAGCAACUAUCAUGUUUUACGAUCUGGAUGCUUUCCGUUCAUAAAAUACCAUUGUACUAAAAGACCUUUUGAAAAUUUAGAAACAGAAGAUUCGCUUUUUUAUUUAUUGAAAAUUAUGAAUUUAGGAGUACCUUUAUUAUUAUAUGGUAUUGUUGCUGUAUUUAUGAUAAGUUAUAAAGAAAUAGUUCAAACUUCAGAAGGUCAAGUUGAAAUUUAUUUUCUUUUAAAAGAAGAUAAAGGAGCUUCACAUUAAAAAAAUUCUAAAUGAGAAAAAAUGAAAGUUUUAUAUUACCUUAGUUAUUCUUCUAUUGUGAAAAUAGUUUAUUGAUGAUUAGUUGUGUUUAUAUAAUUAAAUAAUAAUUCUAAGCACAUUAACUGAAUUAUGAUAUCAAAAUUGAUUAAAAAACUACUAUUUUCUACAUUUUAAAAAUUUUUUCAAAAAUUCUUCCUAAUGGUUGUUAUUGUUUUGAAUUUUAAGCUUAUUAGUUUAUAAUGUAUAACAGUAUUCUAUUAACAAUUAUUAAAAUAAAUUAAAUAAAAGUAACCUAUUAAUUUAUUUGUUUGUCUGUAUUUAAAACAGCUUUUCAUUACUACUGUUUGAGUUAUUUUCUUGGUAUUUAGAAUAUUCUUUUUCCAUAGCUUGAAUCAUAGAUUUGUUUACAAGUAGUAUCUAUGCAACUAUCUACAAAAUUUACAAAUUUCAAGUACUUGGCUUCUCAAGUAUACAGGUGAAAUAGAUCUAACUGAAACUCUAAAUACAAUUAAAAUUUCACUGGAUCUAAAUCUUGUUAAAAGCAUAUUUUGAAUUAUUUAUUUUUAAUUAAUGAAAAACAUGAGUUUUCUAAAAUAUUUUUAAAAUUUCAAUAUGACUGUAUUUUUACAAAAAAUUUUGUUGGAUUAAUAACAAGAUAAUAUAUAUACAGUGGUUAUAAGCGAGGUUGGGUUCAUCGUAAUGGUUUAUAUAUAUUAAGCAUACUUCAUGCAUGCUACAUACUCCCUCUACGUAUUAAAAUACUGUAACUCAAUAAGUAUUUUCCCUAAAGUUAUUAAUAAACUAAAAUUGUUUGUUAGAAAAGCU